AAAUAAUUUGAGCCAUGGCAUCGGUUGAUUUUCUAAAGCAGUUUGAUCCUGAUCAUUCUAUGUCAAUGCUGGAAAAAGAUGAAACAGCACUGUGGGAUGAUCCCUUCAAUCUAGAUUUUGAAGAGGAUCUGCUAAAGGAACUUAACACUUUGCCUGGUCUCUACGACCACUCAGAUGUAACCCUGGGUCUCGACCUCAUGGAGGAUCCCUUGCUCAUGAAUACCCCAACAACUGUUUCUGAUGACAGUAAAGAAUUGGAUGUCGGCCAGCCGGCAGAAGAAGCCCCCAAACCUAUGACGAUUAAAAAAGAGGAAUUGUCGCCUCCUCACCCCUUCAUAAAGUUGGAACCUCCGACUACCCCAGAGAACAAGGUCCUGUGUAAGAACGAGUCCCCUAAAACCUCUCCCGGACGGUUAUUCGGCAAGAAACUUCCAGUUUCAGAGGAGACCGCUCAGUCAGAGGAAGUCAAGAUAGAUCUCAACACCAAACUUGACAUAUACCAACAUGAUGCCUGUGUCACUAAAUCCGUGACCACCCUCAUGGUGAAGAAGAUUCCCAAGAUAAUCAAGGUCCCGGUAGGAAACAAGUUGUAUCGAACACCCAAUGGAAAUGCAGUGUUCGUUACCCGUGAUGGUCACGUGACUCUGACUAACCAGUCAAAUCUAAAGGAGAAUCAGAUCAAGUUUGUUAACGUGGACACUACCAAGAGGACUCAAUCCCAAGAGAAGAAAGCGCCCUCUCCUCCAGUCAAUAAAACCUCACCCGCCCUCACCAAAACCUCGCAACACCUCCGUACAAUCUCUUCCAACGUCCGAACUUCCUCACCAAACCUCAAAUCCAGCCCUCCAAAAUCCAUACCUUCAGUGAUGAACACGUCGUCAGCCUCCCCGGUUAAACGACAGAUUGUGACUCCUAAGGUUCUGGUAAAGCAGGAGAUAGUGGCUGGAGAUGAUGCUUUCCAGUUUGAGAAUAAGAAGCGGAAAUUGGAGCAUGAAGUCUCCCAGAAGAGACCAAGAUCGGAGACAGUGCUGAACAUCUGCAAACACUCCCAAGAAAGAGUGUGCAAGAAAAAUACCGAUACCCCCACCUCACAAAAUAAUCAUUACAUUGAACCAGACAAGUGGAAGCACGAUAAUAACGGGUAUAAUCAAGACUCAGUAGUUUUUAAAGUCAGCCAAAGAAAACACUCCUCGUCUUCAGAGAGCAGCCAGUUCGACUCUAUGCCCGAAAUAGCAGAGUACUCCAGUUACGCUAAGUUUAUCAGCUUGAAGGAGCCUGACCGUCGCAGGGCGGGAAGACAAAGUGUCCCAGUACCAGCACAUCUCAAGACAGAGUCUGAGAUAAAGACCUGGAAGAGACAGCAGAGAAUGAUAAAGAACAGGGAGAGUGCUUGUCUUUCCCGGAAACGGAAAAAGGAGUAUUUACAAAGCGUAGAGACGAAGCUAGCUAUCUCCUCUGAACAAAACAUACAAAUUCUGAGGGAUAAUGACGAUUUACGGAAACAGAACGGCUCCCUCAAGAACGAGAACACGCUACUCCGUGAAGCGCUAGACAGGCUGAACUCAGUGCUGGGAAACCUAACCUCCACCACCGACCUGGGCAAACUGGAGGAGCUGGAUCCGGCCAAUGUUCCACCACAUUCCAAGAGUGACGAGAAGGGCACGUGCACUACCUCCCCCCGGUUUAAGGGCACCGCUCUCAUGAUGUUCUUCAUGUUCGUCUUCGCUCUAUCUCUGGGACCCUUCAGUUUGUUUCAAAGUUCAGCGGGGCUGCCGAAGUACCACCAGCAGAGCUUCAAUAGCAGAACGUUAUUAUCAACAGACCAGUACAGCUUACGAAAGGACACAGCUUCGUACAGCAACUAUGUCGACCCAAGUAUCGAUACCCUUAAUAAUUACUUAAAAGGGAGGCAUAAGACUGUGGAAGUUGGGUUCAACGCAGCUCCAGACAAGCAGUAUAUCGUCUCUGGUUAUAACAAUUUCUACGUGCCGGCUACUGUAGAAAGUGAUAGCAGUAGAGUUUCUGUCAUCCUACCCCUCCAUCGAGAUUCCUCCUCUCUGGUAGAGAUGGUAUGCGAUGUAGUGGAGGCUAACAACAUCACCCGUACCCUGCAGUGAACCUUCGCUGAAGUAACUCCCUCGCUCCCUUCCCCGUUAUCUUAACUUAGAUGCAUGCAUGAACUCUCUGUGGGAUUGAUUAACGUUACGUUUCAGAUUAAAAACAGUUAAAAUGAUUUGUGUUACAAAUUGUAUGAUAUAUUAAUAUAGACUAUUCACGUAAUGAUUGGGUAAUACAUCUUUGAUAUUCCUGCUGAAGGGAUGUCACUAAAUUAUGAGUAUGACUUUUUGUAGCUUGGCUUCGUCUGCCUGUUUAGAGGUAAUGACGAUGAAUGACGGAAAAAUAAGUAUCUAGAAAAUGAUACGUGGAUCGUAUUAUUCUCCAUUUUUCGUUGAUUUAAUAAUCUUGUUAAGCUUGAUUUUUAAUUGUGAAAACAAUUAAUACGAUUUAAAUACAUUGUCGGUUAAACAAUUUCAGCUGUUGAGAUUUCAUUUCAGCUUGCUCGUAAUAAUCGAUUAUUAAUUUCCUUGUUUGUAUAAAAAUCCUGUAUAUAAUGAGCACUAUCGCUUGUUGCAUAACUUGAUAUAACUUCCGUUACUGAUCCAUAACAUGGUUAAAGUUUUGCCUUUGUAGAAUAUAAUAUAUCCAGUUAAUGUUUAACUUAUACCUCCCUUAAUACUAAAUUCCAAGUCAACCUAUCAUUGACAUUAGGACUGCAGAAUAUUCAAACUCUCGGAAUUUCACUUUUAACUUUAAUAUGUUUAUACUAAUAAUCUUGUUAGCUAGUUAUACACACAAUGGAACAUAUAGUAAAUUAUGGAUAACGCUUUGUUAACAUAUUAGUAUGAUAAAGUAAUAGUUUUGCUGAUUAAAGUUUUACCUCUUGACCACUUCUUGCGUAUCAGUUGCAUGAAUUGGCUUUAAAUUAAUCUCUUUAUGAACUAUUUUCUGACCAGAUUCCCCUUCCCGCCAAGUGGUGUUGCUUUUGCUUGGGUGUAUAACUGAGGUAUAACUGAGGUUAACUGAGGUUACCUUAGUAGUCGAUAAUAUGUGAUGUAUUGUUAAUGUGGACAACAUAUUUACUUCAUUUUCUUAUAUCUAAAAA